CUGCGGCGUGCGGGGACCGGGCCGGCCGAGCGCUCUGCCCCGCGCCCCAGCUCCGCGCCAAGCCGCGCGGCGACAGGUGCCGCCGGGCCGAGGACCCACCUGCGGCGGCGGCCGCGAUGCCGCCCAUGCGGAGGACCGUGUCGGAGAUCCGCUCGCGCGCCGAGGGUUACGAGAAGACAGACGAGGUUUCGGAAAAGACCUCCCUGGCUGACCAGGAGGAAGUGAGGACUAUCUUCAUCAACCAGCCCCAGCUGACGAAGUUCUGCAACAACCAUGUCAGCACUGCAAAAUACAACAUCAUCACCUUCCUUCCGAGAUUUCUCUACUCUCAGUUCAGAAGAGCCGCGAAUUCAUUUUUUCUCUUCAUUGCACUGCUCCAGCAAAUACCCGAUGUAUCACCAACAGGUCGUUACACCACACUGGUCCCUCUCUUAUUUAUUUUAGCUGUGGCAGCUAUCAAAGAGAUAAUAGAAGAUAUUAAACGCCAUAAAGCGGACAAUGCUGUGAACAAGAAACAGACACAAGUGUUGAGAAAUGGUGCUUGGGAAAUUGUUCACUGGGAAAAGGUGGCAGUAGGGGAGAUAGUGAAAGUGACCAAUGGGGACCACCUGCCCGCAGACCUCAUCAGUCUGUCCUCCAGCGAGCCUCAAGCCAUGUGCUACAUUGAAACCUCUAACUUAGACGGCGAAACCAACCUGAAGAUUAGACAGGUAAGCAGAGCUCCUACGGAACCUAUGAUAUAAAAGGACAUCGACUCCUUAAUGCGAUUUUCUGGCAGAAUCGAAGCGACAGGGUCCAAAUGCCACCUCUCUAACGAUUUCGUUGGAACACUCACGGAUGACGGGCAUGGCACGGUCCCGCUCGGGGCCGAUCAGAUCCUUCUCCGAGGCGCUCAGCUGAGAAACACCCAGUGGGUCCAUGGGAUCGUUGUCUACACCGGACAUGACACCAAGCUGAUGCAGAAUUCGACAAGUCCGCCACUCAAGCUGUCCAACGUGGAGCGGAUCACCAACGUCCAGAUUUUGAUUUUAUUUUGUAUCUUGAUCGCCAUGUCUCUCGUCUGCUCCCUGGGCGCGGCCGAGUGGAAUCGAAGGCAUUCCGGAAAGGACUGGUACCUCAAUCUGAACUAUGGUGGCGCCAAUAAUUUUGGACUGAAUUUCUUGACCUUCAUCAUCCUUUUCAACAAUCUCAUUCCUAUCAGCUUGCUGGUUACGUUAGAAGUGGUGAAAUUUACCCAGGCCUACUUCAUAAAUUGGGAUCUGGACAUGCACUAUGAACCCACAGACACUGCUGCUAUGGCUCGAACAUCUAAUCUGAACGAGGAACUUGGCCAGGUGAAAUACAUAUUUUCUGACAAGACCGGCACUCUGACAUGCAAUGUCAUGCAGUUUAAGAAGUGCACCAUUGCAGGGGUUGCUUAUGGGCAGAGCUCACAGUUCGGAGAUGAAAAGGCAUUUAGCGAUUCAUCAUUGCUAGAAAAUCUCCAAAAUAAUCACCCCACUGCACCCAUAAUAUGUGAAUUUCUCACGAUGAUGGCUGUCUGCCACACUGCCGUGCCAGAGCGGGAAGGCGAUAAGAUCAUUUAUCAAGCAGCCUCUCCAGAUGAGGGAGCGCUGGUCAGAGCGGCCAAGCAACUGAAUUUUGUUUUCACGGGGAGAACACCGGACUCAGUGAUCAUAGAUUCACUUGGACAGGAAGAAAGAUACGAAUUGCUCAACGUCCUGGAGUUCACCAGCGCUAGAAAAAGAAUGUCAGUGAUUGUCCGCACUCCGUCCGGGAAGUUACGGCUCUACUGCAAAGGAGCUGUAAGUUUUUAUUUCCGUCUUUCACAACUUUCGAAGUACAAGGAAACUACCCUCAAACAUUUGGCAUUUGCUACAGAAGGGCUGAGGACGUUGUGCUUCGCCGUGGCCGAGAUUUCGGAGAGCGAUUUUCAGGAGUGGCGCGGCGUGUACCACCGGGCGUCUACGUCCGUGCAGAACAGGCUGCUCAAGCUGGAAGAGAGUUACGAGUUAAUCGAAAAGAAUCUUCAGCUACUCGGAGCUACGGCCAUUGAGGACAAAUUACAAGAUCAAGUGCCUGAAACCAUAGAAACGCUGAUGAAAGCAGACAUCAAAAUCUGGAUUCUCACGGGGGACAAGCAAGAGACUGCCAUCAACAUCGGGCACUCCUGCAAACUUUUGAAGAAGAACAUGGGAAUGAUUGUCAUAAAUGAAGGUUCUCUUGAUGCGACCAGGGAGACCCUCAGCCGUCACUGCACAAACUUGGGGGACACUCUUCGGAAAGAGAAUGACUUUGCUCUGAUAAUCGACGGGAAAACCCUCAAGUACGCCCUCACCUUUGGGGUCCGGCAGUACUUCCUGGACUUGGCUCUGUCGUGCAAAGCCGUCAUCUGCUGCAGGGUGUCUCCUCUCCAAAAAUCUGAAGUGGUGGAGAUGGUUAAGAAACAAGUCAAAGUCGUAACUCUUGCGAUCGGCGACGGAGCGAACGACGUCAGCAUGAUACAGACGGCGCACGUCGGUGUGGGCAUCAGCGGCAACGAAGGGCUGCAGGCGGCUAAUUCUUCCGACUACUCCAUCGCUCAGUUCAAGUACCUGAAGAAUCUGUUGAUGGUGCAUGGAGCCUGGAACUACAACAGAGUCUCCAAGUGUAUCCUGUACUGCUUCUACAAGAAUAUAGUCCUCUACAUUAUCGAGAUCUGGUUUGCCUUUGUGAAUGGCUUCUCCGGACAGAUUCUCUUUGAGAGGUGGUGCAUAGGGCUUUAUAACGUGAUGUUCACAGCGAUGCCCCCCUUAACUCUUGGAAUAUUUGAGCGGUCGUGCAGGAAGGAGAACAUGUUGAAGUACCCUGAGUUAUACAAAACGUCUCAGAACGCCCUGGACUUCAACACCAAGGUUUUCUGGGUUCAUUGUUUAAAUGGCCUCUUCCACUCAAUCAUUCUGUUUUGGUUUCCACUAAAAGCCCUUCAGUAUGGUACAGUCUUCGGAAAUGGGAAAACCUCGGAUUAUCUUCUGCUGGGAAACUUCGUUUACACUUUUGUGGUGAUAACUGUGUGUUUGAAAGCUGGCCUGGAAACCUCGUACUGGACGUGGUUCAGCCACAUUGCAAUCUGGGGCAGCAUCGCGCUCUGGGUGGUGUUUUUUGGAAUCUACUCGUCCCUGUGGCCCGCGGUUCCCAUGGCGCCGGACAUGUCGGGAGAGGCAGCUAUGCUGUUUGGUUCCGGAGUGUUCUGGAUGGGCUUGUUCUUUAUUCCUGUGGCAUCUCUCCUCCUCGACGUGGUGUAUAAGGUUGUCAAGAGGACUGCUUUUAAAACAUUAGUAGAUGAAGUUCAGGAGCUGGAGGCAAAAUCUGAAGACCCAGGAGCAGUUGUGCUUGGAAAAAGCCUCACCGAGCGGGCCCAGCUGCUCAAGAACGUCUUCAAGAAGAACCACGUGAGCCUGUACCGGUCCGAAUCUCUGCAGCAAAACCUGCUCCACGGGUACGCUUUCUCCCAAGACGAGAACGGCAUCGUCUCGCAGUCCGAAGUGAUCCGAGCCUACGACACCACGAAACAGAGGCCCGAGGAGUGGUGAUGGGGGAAGGGCCGAGAGGCAGGCCCCCCCGCCGCCUCUGCUUAGGAGAGCCACCCAGGCUGUCACCGCCACCUGCCGGACCCGUGCCAGUGUGGUCCACGGAGAGGAAGGUGGAUCUGAGCUCCCCUGGCCGGUGGACGUUCAGACCCGUGUACAUUAUUUAUAGACAUAAGCACUGUGCAACUACACUGUAACACCGUCUCUCUCUCUCUGAGUUCUUAGAAGUGUCUGUUUAAGUCUCUGUAAACGGAAAUUGAAAACUCGCCAGAGUGCUUUCUUAAACGGAGACUGGGUCAAGUAUUCUCAUGCCACCACUCCGGGGCUGUAACCGGCUGUCAGUGUCUUGGCUUCACCACCAGGUGAUCAACCAUCACAAAACUCUAAAAAAACGGUAUUAAGUUAAGGGGACGUUUGGGAUCCAGACUUAGAUUUUAGGCUGUGCUGAAACAAACCAGCAUUCUUAAGGAAGGCGGACUCUACCGAGCAUCAUUUCUAAAUGAGGCGUUAUUGCCUGUGUGUGUGUGUGUGUGUGUGUGUGUGUGUGUGUGUGUGUCAAAAAAUUGUCUAGAGGAUGAACCUCUGCCAAAGAAGUUCGGUAAAGUGUAUUUUCUAGCUCGGUAGUCAUUUGGCCGGAAAUUUUAAAGAGUUACUGCCAGUUCUGCUGUUAAGAUCUGCAUGCUCGACUUUUCAAAAUGCAAGAGUGGUUUGCAAAAAAAAAAAAAAAA